UUUCCCUCCCCGCCUGCGCGGCCGCCCUAGCUAUCAUGGCGGCUCCCUUGGCCGUGGUGCUGGUAGUGGCAGUGACCGUGCGGGCGGCCUUGUUCCGCUCCAGUCUGGCCGAGUUUAUCUCGGAGCGGGUGGAGGUGGUGUCCCCACUGAGCUCUUGGAAGAGAGUGGUUGAAGGCCUCUCACUGUUGGACUUGGGAGUAUCUCCGUAUUCUGGAGCAGUAUUUCAUGAAACUCCAUUAAUAAUAUACCUCUUUCAUUUCCUGAUUGACUAUGCUGAAUUGGUAUUUAUGAUAACUGAUGCACUCACUGCCAUUGCCCUGUAUUUUGCAAUCCAGGACUUCAAUAAAGUUGUGUUUAAAAAGCAGAAACUCCUCCUAGAACUAGACCAGUAUGCCCCAGAUGUGGCCGAACUCAUCCGAACCCCUAUGGAAAUGCGUUACAUCCCUCUGAAAGUGGCCCUCUUCUAUCUCUUAAAUCCCUACACGGUCUUGUCUUGUGUUGCCAAGUCUACCUGCGCCAUCAACAACACCCUCAUUGCUUUCUUCAUUUUGACCACGAUAAAAGGUAGUGCCUUCCUCAGUGCUAUCUUUCUUGCCUUAGCAACAUACCAGUCUCUUUACCCACUCACCUUGUUUGUCCCAGGACUCCUCUAUCUCCUCCAGCGGCAAUACAUACCCGUGAAAGUGAAGAGCAAAGCCUUCUGGAUCUUCUCUUGGGAGUAUGCUACGAUGUACUUGGGAAGCCUGGUGGUAAUUGUUUGCCUCUCCUUCUUCCUUCUCAGUUCCUGGGAUUUCAUCCCUGCAGUCUAUGGCUUCAUACUUUCCGUUCCAGAUCUUACUCCAAACAUUGGCCUCUUCUGGUACUUCUUUGCAGAGAUGUUUGAGCACUUCAGCCUCUUCUUCGUAUGUGUGUUUCAGAUCAACGUCUUCUUCUACACCAUCCCCUUAGCCAUAAAGCUAAAGGAGCACCCUAUCUUCUUCAUGUUCAUCCAGAUUGCCAUCAUCUCCAUCUUCAAGUCCUACCCGACAGUGGGGGAUGUGGCCCUCUACAUGGCCUUCUUCCCUGUGUGGAACCAUCUCUACAGAUUCCUGCGAAAUGUAUUCGUCCUCGCCUGCAUCAUCAUCAUCUGCUCCCUCCUCUUCCCUGUCCUGUGGCACCUCUGGAUUUAUGCAGGAAGUGCCAACUCCAAUUUCUUUUAUGCCAUCACACUGACCUUCAACGUUGGGCAGGUCAUUGGAGGAGGCAAGAACCAAGUUCAGAAGAAGACUCAGUUCCUGAGGCCACCCUCUUUCUGUAAUCGCCUGAGCUGCGCGGCCCCUGGAGUGGCUGCAGCGUGCGAGGGCUGGGGGGGCGGGGACAGGCAAAGGGGAGGAGAGACUUUCCAGACUUCACAGCAACGGGAGCAAAGGCAGAGAGAUGAGGAAUAGUUUGGUCCAGCUGCUGGGCGCGUCUGGAGCAGAAACUGUGCAGCUGGGAGUAGCAGGAGAGGAGGCUGAGCGGGUCCCAGAAUGAGAAGUACCAGCAAGGAGCUCCGACCUUCCUCUGGUCCAGGGAGAGCCUCUCCCCUGGUGCCAUAGAACAGUGGUUCUCAGCAUCAGAAUCACAGGGGGUAGCUUGUUAAAAAAUGUGGAUUCUGUUAAUAUGUUUUAAAUCCUGUGCUUAUGUUACGACUGUCACAAUCACGUGGCUUUGUUAAAAAAAAAAAAGCAGAUUCCCUGAUCCUGCUCCCAGACGCGAUGAUUGGAAUUUGUGUUUUUAACAAGCUCUCCAGAGAUUCUGUUGCAGGUGGUUUAGCAAACUUCCCUGAAGUCCCCUCAUCCACUGUGCUGCGUUCCCUCAUGUCAGCUCUGUCCUAAUUGUUGAGUCAAGGUCUUAUGAGAAUCACUUGUACCGUUUACCAUUUCAAUUGUCAUUGGCACAGCCUGGCAUUUCCUGUGCAUAAUGGACGGGAUGGGAAGCAAGGCUCGCCUGAAAGACCAGUGAUGCCAGUGAAUAAUCCCCAGGGAGAUGCUUGCCUCCAAGGUUAGCUGCUGGGAAAGAAGAAGGGAGUUAGGGCUCUUGCAGUGACUGAUGGGUCUGGUAUUUCCUGCAUGGACAUUUCUGGACAACUAAUGUCCAGUCCAGCUAUUUAUCUUGGUUUGUGUACAGCAGAAAGAAAGAUGGAGGAGGGCCCUGUAGCCUGGAUAGGACCAGGCCAGGGGGUCUGUUCUGCUGUCACACACACAGGUUACUGAUGGCAGAUGCUCAGCCCUUCCUACCUGUGUCCACGCAAACAGAAAUCUGCAGGGUGCAACUUAGUACCUUGAAUAAAUCCAAAAGGUUGUUCUGGCUCUUCUGUCUUGCUGAAAUCCCCUUACUUUUCCUUUGAAAGUGAUGACUGGCAUGUGAGGGCAUUGGGCCUACCCUGGGCCUCUGGGGAGCUUGGCGAGCUCCACUGAAAUAGUCCACACAGCUUGCUGUCAGGUCAUGAGUGUUGAGUGUGGGUCAGGAGUACAAGUUGCAGUGAUUAUGAAGUGUCCAUGGAACUUGCCAGAUAACAGCUUUUUCCCUAGGGCUGCCUUUAUGAGAAAAGGCUCUCUGAAAUUGGCAUGGGAGAUGUUUGCAAGUUUUCAGGUGCCAUCAAAGGCAGGAGAAAAAAAAAAGGCAGGAGAAACUGAAUUGUUGGAAAAAGGGGGAUGGGGAUGGGGGUGGGUACAGAGGCCAAGUAGAUGGAGGGUUUUAGUGACUGAGCUACAGAGAAAAACCAGGUUGAUCUCUUGGCAUUGUCCUUUAUCUUUUUCAAAAAUCUCUUUUAAAUGUAUUUUUAAUCAUACAAAUAACACAUGAAUUCAUUAUUGCCAGGGAAAAGAAGUCAAACAAAAUAGAAGCAUAUGGAAUGAAAAGUAAAGAUUCGCCUGGGUGCCAUCCCUUUCCACCCUAGGGCAGAUGUGAUCGUUAGAAUCAGUUUGGUCUGUGUCUUUGCAGACUUCCUCUGUGCGUUUACAGACAGCUGAGUCCAUAAGCAAACACAAAGACAUCCCACUCUAAGUACUGUUCUUUGACUUGCUGUUUUUCACUUAAUGAUCUCACCUUGAGAUCAUGUUUUUUAACAGCUCUGUGAUAUCCCUCCUGUGGGAGGAUGUCCUAUGAUUUUUACGACUGGGUAGGCCACUACUGAUAGACGUUGAGGUUGCUUCUGGUGAUUUCACUAUUAUAAACGGAAGAGCCCUGCAUAUCCCUCCACAUACUCUCGUAUACACGUGCCAGUAUUUUCUCAGAUAGAUUCCAGGUGGUGGGAUUUGCUGGGUCAGAGGGCAUAAGCAUUGUACCUUUUGGCAGAUUUCGCCAAGUUGCCCUUCAGACAGGUCAUACCAGCCUCCAGACCUCCCGGCAGCAGGCCAGGUGUGUAUAAGCUGGAAGUUUGUUCAGACAUCCAGCACACCUGUGUCGUCGGCCGGCUCGGGUCCGGCUUUGUGCUCUGAGCCAGAGACAAUUCUGUUGGGUCAAAUGCUUUCUGGGACUGCUGGCUUUGGGCUUUGCUGCUGCUGCUGCCAGAUCACUGAAGGGGUGUAUCAGAGAGGGGCACUUACUCACCAAGGCAGUCACUCGAGUCACAUCCUCGUCCUGGAGCAUUAACUGAGCUAGAAGAGCACCCCUCAUCAUGAGGGUUAUACUACCCUAGCCCUGCGGCCUGUUGGGAGCCACAGAGAGCAAAUAGACAUUUAGAAUUUUAGUUAAAUGUCACCUCCCCAGAGAGACCUUCUUUGGGGUUUCCCCACCCCACGGCCUCUUUCUUGGCCUCCUGUUUGUUUCCUUCACAGUACUUACCCGAUCUGCAACCCCACGUCAUUUACCUGCUUCUCUCUCUGCCUCUCCCACUAGGCUGUGAGCUUCACGAAGGCAGAGAUCCACCUCUCCUACCCACUGCAGGGUCCCCAACCACCUGAUCAGUGCUUGGCACAGAGCAGUUGUUUAGCAAAUAUUUGUGGAAUGAACCAAAGAGAGCCAGGGAGAACAUCAUGUGAUGAAUGUGCAGAGUGUAACUGCUGGAGGAACCCAGAGGCAACAAGAUCACCUUCCCUGUUGAGUGGUCAGAGAAAGCCAUAGGGACGAGGAAUAGGGGCUGAGCCUUCCAGACUCAGAGAGGGGGAGGGGGAGAGGGUGGGAGAUGGGCAGGAUGGGGGCCAAGUCACCACUACUGGAUAAUGUCAAGGGAUGGCAGCUCUGUCCCCAACCUUUCUCUCACUUCUGCCAGAACCUGGUCUCUUUGGCCAGUGAAGCCCCUGCAUGUCAUCCACAGCCCAAUCCAGCUCAGCUUCCAUCUAACCUACAGUCAUUGCUUCCGGUGAGAUGUGUGGCAUUCAGAGUGUGUCCUCAGUCCCACAGCCUGCUCUUCUCAGCUCUUCUAGCUGCAGCGGUGCCUUUUAGUCACCUGGUCCUUAUUCUCCCCUCCCUGGACAAGACAGAUCAGAGCUGUCCUGGGAAUCAGAUGAGUACAGAUUUUUAGCAGGCGUUCAGAGUCAGGCCCAUCAUUGCUGUGUCCGCAGCUGAAUGUAGAGAACAUCUCGGCCUGGAGAUUUUAUGUCCUGCUCUGUUUGAGUCGGUCAGUUCUGUGCUUCAUAAUAGAAAAAAUCAUCAGUAGUUAUUAAUGACAGUGGCAGGUAAACCAGUGACUUAGGCCCCAUCCUUCCUCUGGGGCCAUUAAAUAUUUUUCAGCUUGUGGCACAGAUCAUUUGCUAAUUAUAAUUGUGCCUGAGAGUCAGUAACCAGGAAAUGACAACAGUAAACCACCCAUAGAUGCAUAGGGUGUGUGUGUCUCACACGUACAUGUGAGACAGAGAAGGAGAAGGAGGGAUUAGAUGGAUUGGUUGACUGCGGUCCCCCCGCACUCAGUCACUGCGUGACCUUCAGCAAGUGACUGAACCUCUCAGGGUUGCAGGUGAUAACCCCACCUCUCAGGGGGGUAAGAGGAUUUGUAUGUUGACACAUGUUGACAUGGGAAGUAGCUUGAGCAAUGUGCUCGUCAAAUACCCAGAGCAAAUUCCUAAGGAAACAUUCAGACCUGGAAACCAAGGGAAGGAGAACAAUCCUCAUCUCUUUUUUUUUUUUUUAAACCCUUUUCUUCUGCAGGUCAGAGACCAGCAGAAAGAUGAUGGUCAUGUAGGAUUAGAUGUAAACAAAAAGGAAUGUUUAAAAUUUAGCUUUAUUAAGAGUAAGGUAAAAUGUUCCACUUACCCUUAUUCAAGUUAAAAAUAGGUAACAUAGGGCUUUCCUGGUGGCGCAGUGGUUGAGAGUCCGCCUGGCGAUGCAGGGGACACGGGUUCGUGCCCCGGUCCGGGAAGAUCCCACAUGCCGCGGAGCGGCUGGGCCUGUGAGCCAUGGCCACUGAGCCUGCGUGUCCGGAGCCUGUGCUCCACAACGGGAGAGGCCACAACAGUGAGAGGCCCGCGUACCGCAAAAAAAAAACAACAAAAUAAUAACAGGUAACAUAAGGAAAUCUUUCCCUAAACUUAUAAUUAAUAGUGGCUCAUGUUUUAAAAACGCUUACUAGGGACCAGGCCCAUGUGAUCCCUUUAGUCUUUUGGAUCAUGUGCUUGUCCAGCCUUCUGGACCUUUCUUUGUGUGUUGACAUGACCUUGUCUGUUCAUGGAGGAGGAGUUUUAUCUGUGUGUGUUUUAUUGUUGGCAGCAUGAUGAAAGUAUGACUUUUUUUCCUUUUAAUGAAACGUCUUCAUGAUCUCUCCUUGUUUGAACAUGAGAGGAAGCUCCUUCCUGUUUCAGUCCUGCAUGUGCGGACUCACCAUGCCUGAUGUAGCUACUCCCCUACUGACAGCCCUUCAAGCUGUUUUCCUUUUUUAUUAUGAUGAAGAAUUGACUUAAUCCUCAUAACAGCCCUCUGAGGGAGGCACUGCUAUUAUCAUCUCAGAUGCGAAUGAAGCAGCUGAGGCUGGGAAGUCACGCAGUUGCGGAGCGGUGUGUUUAUUGAUACCCUGUUUCUUGUGCCUUCUCAGUAGACUGUGGGUUCCACUGGGGCAGCCCCCAGGCCUGUCUUGUUCACGACUGUAUCCCCAACACCCAGAAGAAAGGAAUGACCAGAAACCACAAUUUCUAACCAAUGAUCUCACACAAAAUUGCACAUACACCCUGACCUCCCAGUUCCAGUCUCUGCGUUGGUCAGAGCUGGGCCUGUGGCAGGUCCUCCUGCUGGAUUCCUGGGGAGUCAGAGCCAGAACCCCCUUCCCCUCUCAUCCAGGCCCCAAGAGCCCCACUCCUGCUCAUGUCUGCAUCCAAAACAGACUCCCUGGUGGCUCCCCUCUGCCCUUCCCAGCAGGGCCUGGAUCGCUGCACAAGCUGCUGCCACCUCACUCCCGACCCCGUCCUUGUGGUGCAGACCCAUAGAUACUGGGCUGGCCCUGCUUUGGCUGUUCUGCCCUGAGGUCUUGGCACCAAGCCUCUGGCACGUUGGGCCCCGCUCAGGACUUGCUCAUUCACUCCAGCGCAAGGGAAACCGCAGUCCUGUCUCCUGGAAUUAUGUUUCCAUUAGCCUGGUGUGUCACUAUUGGGAAGGGACCAGUGAGGAAAUGUGUGGGGAUGUGUUGGGCAGAUCGCUAGUGAUUCAGUGGCGUGGAGCACGCAUUUGUGGACAGACGGGCUAAUUUCAGGUUCAUCCCCGUGGGUUGUGUAUGGCCCUAGCUGGAAGAUUUGUUCCUCCUGACAUGAGGUGCCAGUGGCCCAGGCUGGAACCCUCGUCCUCAUCCAGCUGGAUGUGCAUGUUUGCUUUUCUUUUCUUAGCUGGUGGCAUUUUGUCGAGGUCUUAGUUCAUUCCUUUGUCCCUCCCGUCCUCAGACUUUUAGCUCAGCACUCAGCAUCCCAAGCUUGUCUCUCCCAGGCCCUUCCCCACUCCCUCUCCUACCCCCACAGCAAGACUGAUGUGAAAAGCCCGAGCUAAACACAGGGGGUCAAGGCCAGCAGGAAGGCCUGGGCUUCAGUGGCCCGAACUCCACAGUGACUCUCAGCCCCAUCCCUGCCCAGCUCACUGGAUCUCAGGUGAGUCACAUAACUCCUUGGACCUAAUUUAUGGAUUUGCAAAUAUUGGGUUGGCCAAAAAGUUCAUUUGGGUUUCUAGGCACUCUGCUAGGGGUGAAUGAGACACAGUCCUGCUUCCAAGGAGCUCACCAUCUGUGGGAGAGAAAGAAAAGGAAACAGGCAGGGCCAGGGCAGCGUGACAGUGCUAUAAAUGGGGUAAACUCAGCCUGGGGAGCUCAGAGCUGGUGGUUACGGAAGCUUCGGGGUUGGGGGGGCGGGAGGGGGAGGCAGCCUCUAAGUGGAGUCCUGAGGGGUGUGUAGGGUCGAACCAGGUUCUAGGUGGUAAGACCUGGGGGUGAGAGAGCCCGUGAGUGUGCUGCUGUGUAAGGCAGUUCUGUAGGACGGGCACAUGCCACCUGAUAGGGAGUGAGGCCAUUUUAGGACAACAGUGGUCAGAGCCACAAGGCAGGCAUGGGCCUUGUUGUGCUGAGGACCAGGCUGAGCUUUCGGUUUUAAGUGAAGACACCUGAGAUCAGAUUCAUGCUCUGGGACUUCCCUGGCGGUCCAGUAGUUAAGACUCUGCGCUCCCAGUGCAGGGGGCACGGGUUCCAUCCCUGGUCGGAGAUCCCACCUGCUGCACAGUGCUGCCAAAAAACAAUAAAGAUUCAUGCUCUGAAAACCUCCCUCUGCCAGGAGGGGAAGAGGUCAGGGGUUUGAGCUGGAAUCUGGAGCACAGGGAGGAGGCUGUUUAAACCUGGUGAGAGGGGCUGGUAGCCUCUGUUUCCUCAGCCUACAAGGGUGGUUGUGAGUGGGGAAUAUGGAAGUGAGUGGAGAAAACUUGUAUGAAUUGAACAGUGCCACCUAGAUGAUAAUUGCCUUCAUAGCCAGCUAUGAUCUUACUUUGUGACCUUCCAGACCCUGAGGCUGAGAUCUAGUGAUUUCCCUAUUAUUUUGCAUCUUUAGAGCUAGAGAGUAGAGAUCUGUUUCUCCACCAUCUCCUCCCAUGCAUGUCCAUUCAGGCCUGAGUUGGCAGGUCACACCAAAGCCCCAUCCAGCUCCACAAGUUGGCCGUCAGCCCCACUUGCUCCCAGUUUCCUAGAUCCCAGGCAGCAAGGGCAGGGGAUGCAGCACUCUGAUUGCCAGUGGUGACAACCACGUGAGUUCUCCCAGUCGUGGGCUGACUGUCAAGUGUCAGCAUCUCCAACACAAGCAAGAGACCGGGGGAACCGGGACAUUCCUGGGGUGACAGCACCUGCUUCUCUAGGGCCCUGCAGCCCAGGGGCCAGUGUUGGCUGUGGCUGCGAUCCUGAGCCCUGUGGCUUCUAGACACACUGCAUUAACAGCCUUGCUAGCUCUGUUGUCUUAGACACUUGUUUCGCCUUUUCUCAAGAAACUCUCGCGGGGCUUCCCUGGUGGCGCAGUGGUUGAGAGUCUGCCUGCUGAUGCAGGGGACACGGGUUCGUGCCCCGAUCCGGGAAGAUCCCACAUGCCGCGGAGCGGCUGGGCCCGUGAGCCAUGGCCGCUGGGCCUGUGUGUCUGGAGCCUGUGCUCCGCAAAGGGAGAGGCCACAACAGUGAGAGGCCCAUGUACCGCAAAAAAAAGAAAAAAAAAAAAAAGAAAGAAACUCUCUCUCCUUGGCUAAGUGACAGAGAGUGGAUAUGAAGCAUGAGCAUGGGGCUGUAGCAGGACUCGGCAGUGUGGGUACAGACCCCUGAGAAGGGCGUGGGGGUCAAGGGAAGGGCUAGGCUCCGGGCCUCACACAGGCAGGAUGGGCACUGCAGCCUAAACGUGGUCACUUACUCCUGGGUGACCCUGGGCAAGACCCUAACCUCUGAGUUUGCUCAUCUCGAAGUGGGGCUUAUGAGCCCUACCCCAGGGUGUUGUGAAGAUUCAGUGAUGUGCUUUUUGCUAAGCGACCCGGCCCAGGGCAGAUCCUCAGAUGUUGGUUUCUCCAUCUCUCCUCACUCCCACCCUGUAGUGGAGCGUGUUCUGACCAUUUCAUUCCACUUUUGAUCUACCCCUAUCUGUCCCUCGCCACCCUUUUAUCAGCUGCCCCAUUAAAUCUUCAUCUUCUGGGAAAUCCCUGGUGGUCCAGUGGUUAAGACACGGUGCUUUCACUGCCAGGGCCUGGGCUCGAUCCCUAGUCGGGAAACUAAGAUCCUGCAAGCCGUGCAGUGGGGUCAAAAAAUAAAUAAAUCUUCAUCUUCAUCAUGGCCCAGAGGGGAGCCUGGAGCCCUCAUGGCUGCCAGUGAGAGGAAUGUGGUCUGACUGAGCCCUGGGAAGGGAUCAGCAAACUGCUCCCAAGACGCCAGCCCCAUGCUGGGUCUGGGGCCACAGAGCUGGAGCAGAUGCCACCCCAUUUGGUGGGGAGGCCAGUGGGAAGUGACUUCACGCCAGGGGUCGCAUAACUGAGUGUGGAGUCGGGGAAGACUCUGGGUGUGGGAGAUGGCGAUGUUGCCUCUCCAGGGAUGAGAAGGAGCCCUUUGUGGGAAGGGUCAUCCCAGCCCGGGGGCAGGGCAUGGGCAGAGGCACCAAGGUGUGGCCACACAGCGUUUGCAGGACCAGGCUGCGUUCAGGGCUACGGGGACACGCAGGUGUGGCGCAGGGAGAGGGGAGCACUGGAGGCUGCUGUGUGUGUGUGUGUGUGUGUGUGUGUGUGUGUGUGUGUGUGUACGAUCCCUCAGGGGCCAGGAGGAUGAGGGAGGCCUUUGAGCAAGAGGGGGCAGUGGGAGGGAGAAAAGGGGGCUGAGCUGGAAUUCUGAGGAGGGGAAUUGGUGGAACCUGGUGGCUGAUGGCGAUAGAGAAUCCGAGGGGCUCAGCCACUGUCAGUGAGGGCAGCUUUAAAGAAUGGGCUGCUCCGAAAGUAUCCCUAGAGUAGGGAGGCUGUCCAGCAGUGUGGGUAAGCGUGUGGUGUCUGAUGCCAGAUGGUCUGGGUUCAAAGCCUGCCUCUGACGCUUGCUGGUUGUACAACUUUGGGCAAAUUACUUGAAGAACCUUUGUUUCUUCGUCUAUAAGAUGGGAUCAUUAUAAUGUACCUACUAUGAAGGGUUAUUGCAAGGAUCAACUGUUUUCACACAUGUAAAGUGCUUACAUUAAUGCCUGAGUAUUAUCAGCAUUUUUAUUAAUAAGAAAAUAUAAUAAUGGACAGCAUUUAUCAGAGCUAGGUGUUUUUCUCUUUUCUCUCAGAGACCGACCAUUAGAGUUAUAACUACUAACUACCCUAGAAAGCAUUUAGUCCCUAAAUCAUGUAAUUCUCACUUUCAUAUAAUAAACUGAAAAUUCUACAACUAGGUUUGUUUUGUGUUGUUUUCUAUUUUUGUUUUCUUUUUUUUGGCCUCACCGCUUGGCUUGUAGGAUCUCAGUUCCCUGACCAGGGAUUGAACCUGGGCCUCGGCAGUAAAAGUGACAAAUUCUAACCACUAGACCACCAGGGAACUCCCCACAACUAGAUUUUUUUUUUUUUUUUUUUUGCGGUACGCAGGCCUCUCACUGCUGUGGCCUCUCCCAUUGUGGAGCACAGGCUCCAGACGCGCAGGCUCAGCGGCCAUGGCUCACGAGCCCAGCCGCUCCGCGGCAUGUGGGAUCUUCCUGGACCAGGGCACGAACCCAUGUCCCCUGCAUCGGCAGGCGGACUCUCAACCACUGUGCCACCAGGGAAGCCCACAACUAGGUUUUUUUAUACCAUAAAAACAUUUUUCACUUUUGUUUUCAAAUUAAAACCAUUAAAAGAUUAAAAAAAUAAAGAAUGGGCUGCUCUUCAGUCUCUGAAAGCACAGAGGGACAGAGCAAGGACUAGGGGAGCCACCAUUGUAAGUAAUAAACUAGAGUUUAUCACUCAUUUUACGGAUGAGGAAAACGCUGCUUAGGGAAGGGGAAGUGACUUACACAGGGUCACACAGCCACUAACUUGCCCAUGCUAUUUCCACUGCUUCUUUCCCGACGUUCCCUGCCCAGACUGGGCAAAGUAGUGCUGAGUCUGCAGAUGCUGUGUUGGCUGAAUCCCAGGGCCUCUGGGAAAUCCUUUCUCCUCAACCCAAAUGGAAAGCCUCUAGGUCAGAAGAGGUUGUCUCAGCCAGCCUGUGACAGCUAGGGACUUCCCUCCGAGAGAGUGAAGCCUCAAGGCCAGUGUGUCCCCAAGAUGCCCUCUCCCUGGGGACAGGGGCAGGGCACCCACUCAGGACUAGUGACUUUCGGUUCCAGACAGACCAAGCCAGCACGCAGGGCUCUUUCCUUCCAUGCCACCCUCCCCUGAUACUUUAUUAUGAAAAGUUUCUCACACACACAGCAAAGUUGAAAGAUUUAACCUUGAACACCUGUAUACCUACGACUUAGACUCCACCAUUCACAUUUUACUAUACUUGGAUGAUCACAAAUUAUCCAUUUCUCAAUCCAUCUUAUUUUUGUAAUGUACUUCAAAGUGAAGUAUACAUAUCAGUACAUUUCCUGUCAGAUAUUUCAGCAUGUAUAUCAUUAACCAGAGCUCCAUAUUUACUUACAUUUUUCUUUUUUUUUUCUUUUGCGGGCCUCUCACUGUUGUGGCCUCUCCCGUUGCAGAGCACAGCCUCCAGAGGUGCAGGCUCUGCGGCUAUGGCUCAUGGGCCUAGCUGUUCCGUGGCAUGUGGGAUCUUCCCGGACCGGGACACGAACCUGUGUCCCCUGCAUCGGCAGGCGGACUCUCAACCACUGCGCCACCAGGGAAGCCCUACAAUGUUCUUUUAAUUUCUGCUGUACAGCAAAGUUAUUCAGUUUUACAUAUAUAUAUAUACAUUUUUUUUUUUGCCCGCUGUGCAGCAUAUGGGAUCUUAGUUCCCUGACCAGGGAUCAAACCCAUGCCCCCUGCAAUGGAAACACAGAGUCUUAACCACUGGAACACCAGGGAAGUCCCUACAUUCUUUUUUUAUAUCUUUUCCAAUAUGGUUUAUCACAGGAUAUUGAAUAUAGUUCCCUGUGCUAUACAGUAGAACCUUGUUCAUUCACUCUAUAUAUAAUAGUUUGCAUCUGCUAGUCCCAAACUCCCAAUCCAUCCCUCCCCCACCUCCCCUCCCUUGGCAACUACAAGUCUAUUUUCUAUGUCUGUGAGUCUGUUUCUGUUUUGUAGAUAAGAUCAUUUGUGUCAUAUUUUAGAUUCCACAUAUAAGUGAUUUAUGGUAUUUGCCUUUCUCUUUCUGACUCACAAAUGGGUAUUAUUUCGUUCUUUUUUAUGGCUAAGUAGUAUUCCAUCGUGUGUGUGUGUGUGUGUGUGUGUGUGUGUGUGUGUGUGUGUGUGUGUGUGUGUGUACGUACAUAUAUAUAUAUAUGUAUAUACCACAUCUUCUUUAUCCGUUCAUCUGUCGAUGGACAUUUAGGUUGUUUCCAUGUCUUGGCUAUUGUGAACAGUGCUGCUGUGAACAUAGGGGAGUGUGUAUCUUUUUUUUUUUUUAAUAUCUUUAUUGGAGUAUAAUUGCUUUACAAUGGUGUGAAUCAGCUAUAUGUAUACAUAUAUCCCCAUAUCCCUUCCAUCUUGAGCCUCCCCGCUACCCUCCCUAUCCCACCCCUCUAGGUGGUCACAAAGCACCGAGUUGAUCUCCCUGUGCUAUGCAGCUGCUUCCCACUAGCUAUCUGUUUUACAUUUGGUAGUGUAUAUAUGUCAGUGCUACUCUCUCACUUCGUCCCAGCUUACCCUUCCCCCUCCCCGUGUCCUCAAGUCCAUUCUCUAUGUCUGCGUUUUUAUUCCUGUCCUGCCCCAGGUUCAUCAGAACCUUUUUUUUUUUUUUAGAUUCCAUGUAUGUGUGUUAGCAUAUGGUAUUUUUUUCUCUUUCUGACUUACUUCACUCUGUAUGACAGACUCUAGGUCCAUCUACCUCACUACAAAUAACUCAGUUUUGUUUCUUUUUAUGGCUGAGUAAUAUUCCAUUGUAUAUAUGUGCCACACCUUCUUUAUACAUUCUUCUGUUGAUGGACACUUAGGUUGCUUCCAUGUCCUGGCUAUUGUAAAUAGAGCUGCAAUGAACAUUGUGGUACAUGUCCCUUUUUUUGUUGUUAGAAAAACAUUUAUUAAAUAAUUUAAAAUUC